AGCGGGUAGAGAGUGUUUUUUUGUCAUGCCCCCGGUUAUUAUUCACAGAGUCAAUCGCUGUUCAACAGGUGGCUUUGUAGAGUUUGUAGCUGUGAUUUAGUUUUUCUCUCUUUCAGACUACCUUAAAAAAGGUCUGAGUGAAAAAAUCGCCUUAACGAAUCAAAGCGUCGGAAUGGUAAACUUUUUAUGACGCGUGGAAGUUUAUUUAUUUUUAUUGUUUUCUUAAUCUUUAGAGGUGUUUUUUUGUCUUGUAUUUUUUUGGGUUCAGGCAAACUCGACUAGUGUAUAUAGCAUGAGGCAAUAAGCUGCACCUGCGCCCUAUUUGCCUUGAGUUUAUUUCGGCUGAUCCUUAACUUUUGACUCGAACAAGCCUCCGUGGGAAGAUCACCAUGAUGUACAGCAUGAUGGAGCACGAGCUCAAGAGCCAGUCGGGUCAGCCUAAUCCUCACCCAAACAGCCAAAUCAUGUCGCAGCACGGCGUCGCCGGCGGAAACGUGCCCCAGGCGGCUCCGAAGAGCGCGUGCCCGCCCGGCGCGGACCCCAUGGACAAGGUGAAGCGGCCCAUGAACGCGUUUAUGGUGUGGUCGCGGGCUCAGCGGCGCAAGAUGGCCCAGGAGAACCCAAAGAUGCACAACUCUGAGAUCAGCAAACGCUUGGGCGCCGAGUGGAAACUGCUGACUGACGCCGAGAAGCGGCCGUUCAUCGACGAGGCGAAGCGGCUGCGCGCCGCGCACAUGAAGGAGUACCCCGACUACAAGUACAAACCUCGGCGCAAGAGCAAGCCGCCAGUGAAAAAGGACAACCCCGCCGCCAAGUACCCUCCGCUCCCGGGAGGCAGCCUGCUGGCCGCGGCGCAUGCGCAGAGUGGAAGUCCGCGUGUGGACAGCUACGGCUGGGGUCCUGCUGGAGGCUACGCGGCGGUGCAGGGUGAUGCUCUGGCUUACCAGCAACAACUGCACCGGUACGAGCUUCCACUCCAGUACGCAGCGCCCAUGUCCCAGACCUAUAUGAAUGGCGCCAACUCUUACAGCCCAAUGUCCUACAGCAGCAGUCCCCAGCAGCCCAGUCCUGUAAUGUCUAUGGUCAAGCCGGAGGCCUUCACUCACUCACCCACCGGAGCAUCAAACCACCACCGUGGGGCAGUUCAAGGUGACCUUAGGGACAUGAUCAGCAUGUACAUCCCUGGAGGUGAUGUAGGGGACCCUACAGCACAGAGGGGUUACACAAGUGUCCAGCAGCACUAUCUGGGCAGUACUGUGCCCCUGACACACAUCUGAAUUGGAGAAGAGAAAAGACUGGGACUAGCUCAGCUGGAUCACGACGUAGACUUGUAGUGCAACAAGUAAUCUGUAUGGAUUCUUGGUGGAUGUUGUGAGUACCUGUUGCACAUAGGAACUUUUUCUACCUCUUUGAGUGAUCUUGCUCAGUUUUUCCCCCCCUGUAGAUUUAUUCUUCCCUUCCUCUAGGCUUUUUUUUUGUGUUUUUAUUUUAAUUUUUACAUUUUUUCCUGCCCAGAAUUUCACCAUUAAUUCAGUCUGGAGGUUCUUUCCAUAAGACCAUCCUGAGAGAGAUGGGUAUGACAUGUAUGUAAUUGUGUGGCUGUUAACUUUUUAAAAAAAAAUAUUUUUUGUAGGACAUUCCCUUUGUACAUAUCAUAGACUUUUAAAAAAUCUGAUUGUGUGCCUUUUAUGCUGUGCUUCAUUAACAGGGAUUGGGGACAUUCAUGCAGUAAAAGGCAAUCAUGAUCGAAAACCAAAAUGGGGCAUAAAAUUGGGGAUAUAAGCACAAACAUCCAGUCUGCUAAUGAUCACUAUAGUCAGUGAUGUUCAAAUCAUGUGACGGUAGUGUAAGCCAGUUUUAUUUUUAUUUUUUUUAUUAUUAUUUUUUUUUAAACAGUAAUGUGAAAUACAGGUUAUUGAAAUUAACAGCUUAAGAAGGAAACAUAAGCAUUAUCUUUUUAAAAGUUGCCAUACACAUUCUGCUUACUAUUUGAAGCACAGGAAGGAUCCCAAUAUCUUGGUGUUGUCAUGGCAAAUUAUUUGACAAUUAAGAAUACCUUACUCCCACACUGUUUUUUUUUUUUUUAACAGAGUAGGGUAUGCAUUAGUUGCACAAAUGAACUAUCAAAGUUACCAUGGGAUGUAGUCUAUACAAAGAAAUCCAUCAUUUCAGCAAUAAAAUGUCCAAUGCAUUUACUUUUUAGCAUAAGACUAGCACUAUGACAUUCCCCUUUGAUUGAUGUUUUUAUUUUUUAAUUUUUAAACCAAUCUGAAUGCACUGUUCUUUACCCUCCUAUUAGUACCAGGUCUUGCCUUAGACCAAGUCUGUCUAUGACUGUCUAUGACUAGGAGUCAGUGUGGUGAGGCUUUACUAGUGAAAACUGGAAAAGGAGGUUGUAUCUUUUUGAAAAUAAUUUGUACAUCCUUUGGGUGCAUGAGGAGCCUGCUUAUUGCUUGUAUAAUGCCAGAUUUACAUAAUUCAAAUGGCAUAGUAGCAUGCAGGUCCUGCUAAGUGCAGCUAAUUCGGAGCAUGAUGCCUUUUUGGGGUGUUAUAUUAUGGUCUAACUCUGUCAGUUUAGCAUUUUCCGUUUUUCAAACAAGUUUUAGUGUAGGAAUCUAGAGGUCACUAAUGAGUUAAGAACUUUAAUGUAAUUUAUAUUAAAGUAAUGAAAUGAGUGAAUGUUUACAUUUGCCUUCCAGGCGAGUGUGCAACUUGCCGUUUCAAUGUAAUUUUUAAAGUCCUUUUAAUACUGUCUGUAAAUAGCCUUUGUACAGUUUUUAUGGCCCUUAUAAGGGUCUUUUGCAUAAACAAAAAAAAGUUAAAUAAAUUGUAAAAGAAA